UCUGAAUGAAUGGUUCAUAUUGGUAGUUGCCUUUGACCAAAAAAACAAUAUUGGUGGUUUCUCCCUGUCUCUGUUAACCUCUCUACACUGUCUACGAUGACAACCUUGAAUCUGGGUCAGCCCAUGAUUCUGCGUCCACGCUUCACUUGUUUCAACUCAUUGACCACCUAUCCCUUCACUGGAACACCCUCUUCUCUGACUCACCACCAUGUUUCUUCUUCACCAAUUCUUCAUCACACUCGUACCAAUUCCCCCACUCUGGUCAGGUCCCAUCCUCAUCCAUUCCCAGAACCUGAAGACCAAGUUGAAGACCUUAGGGUUCCUGACCAAUGGUUAGCCCCAAACAUGGCCUUGCAGGAAUCAGAGUGGCUUAGGGUUACUUUACAUAAAUGGUUGGAUGAUGAGUACUGUCCAGAGGAAACCAAUGUUGAGAUAAGCAGAGUUGCUGCCAAAACGUACUAUAAUUGUUUGCUGCAGAAGCAAACAGACUUGGGAGGGAUUUUGUUGAAGAUGGCCCGUGAAUUGGAGUCAAUUUCUUAUAAGGAAAGUUUUCAUGGGGCAUUCUCAUCAGCUAAUGCUGCUAUUGACCUCAUUGCCCAACGGGAAACUCAAGAUUCUUAAAAGAUGUGAAACCUCCAUCCACAACCAAAUUAUGCCCACUAACAUACUUGGCAUCAUCAGAUGCAAGAUAAAGUGCAGCGUCGGCAACAUCACUGGGUUCACAAUUUGCUCCCUUAAGGACACCGGUAUUAUGAACAAUGUCUACAAGCUUCUGAGCAUCAAGAUGUGGAUAAAUGUGACUCAUUUCAUCCAUGACAAAAGAAGUAGGUAUAGCAAUGGGUGAUAUGCAAUUGACUCUGAUUCCAUGCCUACACAGCUCUGAAGACAGAGAUUUAACAAUGCCUAUGACUGUAAACUUGGAGAUUGAGUAUGUGUGCUGAGCCAACCCUCCCAUCACUCCAGUGACACUGGCUGUGCAGAGAAUGGACCCGGCUCCACGCGGGAUCAUUACGCGCGCUGCGUGCUUGAUGCCCGCCAUAACCCCACGAACAUUUAUAUCCAUGACUCUGUCAAAAGAUGCCAGGUCCAGAUCAACAAUGCUUCCAGGAGUUCUGCAGGGUACUCCUGCAUUGUUGUACAUGAUAUCAAGCUGUUUGUAUUCAGAAAUAGCAAACUCAACAGCAUUGGAUAUAUCUGACUCUUUUGUGACAUCACAUGUUAUGAAGGUGGCAUUAGGUCCUAGCUCUUUCGCAGUCUCUUGGCCAAGUUUUUGUUGGAUAUCAGCAAUAAUAACCUUGGCUCCAUUGUUGAUAAAUUUUGUUGCUGCAGCUUUUCCUAUUCCACUAGCUGCCCCGGUGAUCAAUGCUACCUUGUCUUGUAGCUUCCUGAAUCACCACAUCAAAAUUGAACUAAAAGCAUAAACAACAAAGAUCUUUUUUUAUAACA